CUCACUGUAUCACUUGACCCUCAGCAAUUGCACUGCAGCAUCUCAUAGACCGCGUCUUUUGGUGCAUAUCCUACGGUGCAUGGUUAUGCAGACCAUCUUCGUCUUCUCAGCCAAUUUUUGGACGUGAACCAUGAUCGUCUGUGCACUUCCUCUUCCUGCCUCUUGACCCUGAUCGCGUAUUCUCAGCAACAUGUCCAAGUCCGGCAACCUGGCCGCUCUUUCGGCCAUCCUCAACUCCUCAGAGACACCUACCAUCUACUACGCCGAAGACCCUCCAUAUCUCCCCCGUAUCCUGGUCUUCUACUGGCCUGUGCAAGCUCUCGGCUCGUUGGCUUCGACGUCUCGAAUCCGUGCUACCAUUCUCUCCGCAGCCGGCUUCAAAAGCUAUGGGGCUUUCUCAGUUGCCCCGAAUAGCAGCUACUAUUCCGCGGUCCACAAGUUACCAGAAGACAAACAGAGAGAUGAUGUCUGUCGUGGCAUUGCCUUCGCUCUUUGUCGAUACUUCUCGGAAGUGCCAACCGAGGUCAAGAAUGCCAUCGCGGACGAAAACCUGAACCACGGUAUAACAUUGAAGUGGGGGCAGUCACACGCGGCGCAGGUGACCUGCAGGAUGAGUAGAGUCAUAAACACAGAAGAAGUUAUUGAAGCACUGCGUCCAUUCUCAAAAGAACGGCCUUCCAGUCCGCCAACUCCAAUCAAGCCAGGUCUGUCCAUCAGGAAAACUCGACCGUCGUUCUUGCCUGCAGAGGCUAGCAGCUAUGGUGCUAGCCGGGCUGGGAACCUCUUCACGCCUUCAAGAAGGAUUCCAAGCAGUCACGCAAAGCGCUCUCCGUCCGCCUCUACUCAAGGAACUAGGAAGGCUAGUGCUGCGCAAGCACCGAAGCAUUCCUUGGACCAGUUGGAGUCGCUACGUUUCAAGAUGUGCGAAUUCGUCGAUACCGAAGAUAGAUACCUCACCAGAUUGCAGGAGCUGAUAGAUCUUGUCACCAACCAAGGCCGGACCCCCAAGUCAUUGAGCUCGCGAUUGCAAAGUUCUCGGAACCAGAAGACAGUCAAUGCAAUCAUUCGGUUUCCCUCAUUGCUAGACCAGAUCAAGGACCUGAAUCUGGCCUUCCUUGACGACAUCGAGAGCGCCCUUUCCACUUCAGAAGAUGCAGCCUUGAUGUUCCUCGACCAAGCUUCCCAGAAUCCCCAGCUGCUACAAUCCGCUAAAGACCCAAUGGGUGUCUACAGCUUCGCCAAAGUACUGCUUCACCACUUCCCCAAGUUCCCCAUGCCAUACAGAGAGUACCUGGACCUUCAUUCCCAAGUGGCCUCUAACCUCGACCAAUUCUUGAAAGAAGGCACAACCUCGAUCCAACAAGCGCCAUCCCUGCUUAUGGAGCCAGCACAGCGUAUCUCACGAUACGGCCUGUACAUUGACACGAUGCUUCCACAUGUACCUUCGAAUUUCACUGCCGCCAUACGUACUCUCGAAAAGGCGCGCAAGAUUAUUGGUGAAAUAUGCGAAAUGGAACCAGCGGCCUCGACCAUUCUCGACUCUCUUCGCAUCGAGCACGAGUCACGCAAGAAAGGGCUCUCCCCUACAAAGCUUUUGUCAGGCUUGACACGAUCAACCGGGACGAUCAGGGAGGCUCCAGCCCUGACAGGAAGUCUGAAGGGGCGUGAAGGGCCUCGUCUCUUCCCUAGCCUCGGGAGGAGCUUGAGUCGACGACAUAAGACUUCAAGACCCGGUCUGGCCGGUAUCCUCUCCGAGCAAGAUCCAGAACAAGUCAGCAACGUCGCGAGCUCGCGCAAUGACGAAAACAGACCUCUUACCUCGAGUUCGGCACUCUCUUCCGGAUCCAUCGUCAAGAGACCGUUGACCGCAGGGUCGAUGACUACCACCCGCUCAGCGCCGAGUCCUGGGCCUGCUCUUCCCAUACUGAUGCCAGCCAGCAAGACGGCGGAAGCAUCGUCAACGACACUGGAACAAUACAAGGCCGAACUAAUGCGUGUCGACGAAGAAAAUUACAAACUGCUUCAAGAGAAUGCGGAGUUGAAGCGGCAGAUCCGUGAAUGUAAAUGUGGCGGUGCUGCUGCUCGGCGCUGACAGUCGCGGGAGACGAGAGAGCUCCGGCGGCCUGAUGUAUAUCGGUGGUUGAUGCUGUACCUCAGUCAGUGGAGGAAGGAAGAUGUUUACGACUUAUGAUACAGAAUUGUCAUGACUUUAUCAGUGGCUUUGGCAUAAUCUUGUCCAGCAACAGGUUUUGCUCGCUUCCAAAGGUGUAUUUUUACAGGAUGCAUAGGUCAUGUAUUGUACUAGCAUUGGGCCCUCGCCAUCGAAAUCAGUAAAACGUGUUUCCUGGUUUAGUGAACGCUUCUCAAAGUCGCCCGCUUCAAUAAGAG